GAAGAAGAACUUUGUAUAGGUUAUGUUUAUUAUUUGUUAAAAGGUUUAAUCUCCUUUGCAAGUUAAAACGAGAUCCCGAAAAUGAACACGAUCCUCCCGGACCAGAUUUUAGACCAGAUGGUCUGUUCAGAGUGUUCAAAAUACUUGUCGGUGUUGCCAGUUCUUGCCUACCCGAACAGAACCGUGAGAUGCGGCCGUUGUAUAGAAGAGGACGAUGGAGGAGUGCCAUCGCAGGUGAAUAAGGUUUUUCCAACCACACUCUUCAAAUGCGUUAAUCGUUACGAGGGAUGCACCUCACUUUUACUUCCCGAACAAGUAAAAGAACACGAAAAGAACUGCAUCAGCAGAAACUUGGACGUUUGCCCGUUGUGCACCGAAUUAAAAAUGCCACCCUACAUGCUGCUGGCACACUUUAAAAAAUGCCAUGGAAAUUAUUUGCUGAAAAAGCCUGUCGUCCAAAUUGAUGGCAACGUUGAUUCGGACGAAUUCUACUUAUAUUGCACCGAGAACACGCUUUUUAUGUUGAACCUUUCGGUAGAUACAGUGAAUGGUAAAAUUUUCCUGGACAAUAAGUUGGUUGGGCCCCACGAAUUAACCAAAGGGAUAAGUCAGCAAUUUCGUGUACAAGAAGGUUUGUUUUGCAAGAACAGUGAAGUUCAACCAUGUGACACAUCUUUGAAAAAGAGGUUUGAAUUUCCUUUGGGAGAGUUUAAAAAAUUGGACAAAAUUUUUUGCGAACUAAAUUUAAAUGUUGAUGCUGUGCAGUUUGCCAAUGUUCAAUUAAAGCUAAACAAAAACAUUAUAGAAGAACCAUUAAAAGAAAUAUACCAAAAAUCAAUGAUUAAUAACAUUAGCUGUAACUAUUUUGGAAGAAAACUUUACUUAUCCCCAAAAUUUAAACAAUUAAACCCUAAUGCAAAACUAUCCUUCUGUAAAUUGUAUUGUAUUGAUCUUGAGGAAGAUGGGAAUUUAUCUAUGUUGUUUUGUAGUUUUUGCGGAAACAAUUUAUAUUCUAAACCCUCUUAUAACUACAGAACUUGCUCUGAACCCAUUGUAUGUUGUCAAUCAUGUAAUGACAAUAUAAGCAAAACUUGUUCCGAAGGGCAUUAUCCAGAAGAAUAUUUACAUUUCAAUGAAUUUUUCCUAAACGUACAAGCAUACUGCAAAUGGAAAUGUGAACAAUAUUUUGAUAGCUUUAAUCUUUAUGAACAUGAACUGAACUGCAUUAAACAUGAGCCCAUACCAAUUUGUCCAGUGCCAAAUUGCUCUAGUGAGAAUUUUAAAAACUUUUUUGAACUAAACACUCAUUUUAACACCCAUAAAAAAGCAAUCUUAAGACCUUACUGUGAAAGUAAAAUUGGUUUUUUCAAUUUGGAACAAAAAGAUUAUUAUGUAUAUCUUGACCAUGUCACUGCUGUUUUCCGUAACAUUAAUGAUGAAAGAAUUAAAUUAAAAAAUUUAAUCAAAACCGAUAAGAGUGAGUUUAAAAUAUUUGUAAAUAAUACCCUAAUCAGGAUUGAUGAAGAGAUUGAGAUUCAAGAUAAAAUUCUGAAAUUUAGAGUAGCAGAAGAUUUUGUCGUCAAAUGCAAAAAAUAA